AUGGGCGCGCGCGUCUCCUGUGACGUCACCGCGCGGGUGGGCGGGGCCAGGCGGGGGUCAGGGGGCGACAGCGGCGGCGCCGCGCCCGGAGGACCCUACGGCCAGCCCGGGCCCUACGGAACGGCGGCGCCCGGAGGUCAUGUCCCCCCGGGCGUGGACCCCGAGGCCUUCUCCUGGUUCCAGUCGGUGGACGCGGAUCACAGCGGGUACAUCUCCGUGAAGGAGCUGAAGCAGGCACUGGUCAACUCCAACUGGUCGACGUUCAACGAUGAGACCUGCCUGCUGAUGAUAAACAUGUUUGAUAAGACCAGGUCAGGACGCAUAGACGUGUACGGCUUCUCAGCCUUGAUGCGCUUCAUCCAGCAGUGGAAGAAUCUCUUCCAGCAGUACGACAGGGACCAGUCGGGCUCCAUCAGCUUCAACGAGCUCCAGCAAGCUUUCUCCCAGAUGGGCUACAACCUCAGCCCCCAGUUCAGCCAGCUGCUGCUGGCCCGCUAUGCCCAGCGAUCCCCCAACCCCAGCAUCCAGCUCGACCACUUCAUCCAGAUCUGCAUGCAGCUGCAGAGCACCACCGAUGCCUUCCGCGAGAAGGACACGGGGCUGGUGGGCAACGUGCGGCUCAGCUACGAGGACUUCCUCACCAUGGUUGUCACCCGCAUGAUGUGACACCCCGGGCACAGGGCCACGAGCCCCCCGGGAGCUCCGUGGGGUUCCCCGGGAGCUGGAGCCACCCUCGGCCUCGCGCUGGGACGUGCCUGAGGCUCCUGGAGAGCCAGUUGUUCCCCCUGAGCCAUUUCUCCAGCCCGAGGAGCCCCCAGUCCUGCUGGGGCACUCCCAGCUCCCAGUCCCUUGUCCCCACUCGAUGGCGGUGGGUGCCUCCACGCCAAACUGGAGCCGUGCCAUGGGGUGGGACAGCCAAAACCAGUAGUGAGCCCGUGCCCUGCCUCCCGGGCAGCGCCUGGAUCUCCCCUUGCCAGACCCAAAACCCCGCUCAGCCCCAGCCGCGCCGUCCCUCCACGGGGCAGGAUGUUUGCAGCGGAACGGCCCCGUCUCGCCACGUUUUUGGGGACUCUCUGGUGACCAAGAGCUGAGCCUUCGUUUGAAGAGCAGCAGGGAGGGCACAAGCCAUGGCAGAGCUCAGCUUUUCCUUCCCUCCCAGACAGCCCCUCCUCCCCAGGAGCACUUCCAGCUUCCCUGGGGAUGGAGCCCGUUUCUCUCCCGGCUGCUGGAAGGAGCCGUGUCCCUGGAUCAGCGGCUCCUGUUGUUGCCAAUGUCUGUUUUGAUUCCUCCCUCCCUGCCCAAGCCAAAUCAGAAACGGUUUAGAGCUUAUUUUUACAGCUUUUUGAAUAAAAGGCGCUGCGCACCGGUC